CAUUCGGCGAGCAUGUCUCUGCUGUACAUAAACUGGACUCCACUUUCAUCCAAAGCAGACUUUUCUUUCCAUCAAUUCAGCUACCGAGCGGAAAUUUUUCGAGCGUUCUGAGAUCGUUGAGUCGUGAAAUUUUACGUGAGAAGGAUUUUGAGCACUUCAAUUAGCAAACAUGAGUCAAAUGACAACUCGAUCCCAGAAGAAGGAGGAGAAGCCGGAGAAGCAGCAGAAGCCGAAAGCCUCAGCCGGAGGAGAAAAGGAGGAUCUCGACGCCAGAGCCGCAGCUGGAGAGACGGUGGUACCAGGAGGAACUGGGGGAAAGAGUGUUGAAGCCCAGGAGCGCUUGGCCGAAGGAAGGAGCAAGGGUGGACAACACCGCAAGGAGCAGCUAGGCUCUGAAGGCUACGCGGAGAUGGGCAAACUCGGAGGUCUGUCGAGCAAUGGAGCUGAUGGUUCAGAAGUUGCCGAGGACCGAGGCAUCGACAUUGAUGAUUCGAAAUUUUCCAACUAGAUUUUGUACCUGACAAUUUUGUAGCAGUGGGUACAUAACUGUGCGUGUCAAGUGUAGAAGACAGAUGAGUUCUGGGCGAUGGUCCUUUGUUCUCCUUUUACGUGGCAUAUAUUUGCUCGAUAGAACUCUAAAUCGGCAAGAACUUUGUAUGUACAUAGUAUUAUAGGGAAAGUGGUGGUAGUAAUUGUGAAGAUCGGUCCGAACACAGUCAGACGCAUCUAUCUCAGUUUCUGCUCCAGUUUGUCACGUUUCCUCAAUACAAAAGAUUGUGUGAAUAUUUUGCCCGUUUCGGUUCCUG